AAAACAUAUCCUGCAGCACCAAGUGCAAAGAGGGGAGGCAGGGAGAGGGGAGAGGGGUCGAAAGCCAUGAAAGACCACUGGCUCGACGAUUCAAAUAAAUAGUAAACUGGGAAAAACCUGUAACUUAAAAAAGCAAUAAUCCCUCUCCCAAGCAAUUUAAACAACGACACGUUUUAAAAGAAGUUUAUUCAUUUACGAUACAAGAAUAAUAACUAAAGCAAAACAAGAUUUAAACAUUGUCGAGGAUAUACUUCUCAAGGAUGCGCGAGCACUACGCUUUUUUCAGAGCAGUUUCACUGAAGAGUGAUGAGUGGAGGUCGCUUUGAAUUUGAUGAUGGCGGCGCGUAUUGUGGCGGAUGGGAGGGUGGUAAAGCGCACGGGCACGGGAUCUGCACCGGACCCAAAGGACAAGGAGAGUUCUCCGGAUCCUGGAAUUACGGGUUCGAGGUGGUGGGAGUCUACACCUGGCCGAGUGGAAACACCUACGAAGGGUACUGGUCGCAGGGAAAACGCCACGGUUUAGGUGUGGAGACCAAGGGACAUUGGGUUUACAAGGGAGAGUGGACGCACGGAUUUAAAGGGAGGUACGGGACGCGUUUUAGCCAAGGCAGUGGUGCCAAAUACGAGGGCACUUGGAAUAACGGAUUGCAGGACGGUUAUGGCACGGAGACAUAUGCGGAUGGCGGAACCUUCCAGGGCCAGUUUACAGGUGGCAUGCGACAUGGCUACGGCGUACGCCAGAGCGUCCCUUACGGCAUGGCCGCCGUGGUGCAGUCUCCUCUCCGAAACUCUCUAAGCUCCCUGAGAAGUGAACACAGCAAUGGCACCUUACCGCAACAGGACAUACCGGUCAUCACCACCACAAACGCGUCCGACCAGGAAGCCUUGGUCAACACGCCCCUUGGGCCAUCCCGUGGUGGCUUUGCCCUCACCCUUCACGUGGACCCCGACACUGUCAAGCCAAAGAAAAGAGGCCUUUUCCAGCGUGGCUCGCUGCUGGGCAAGCUGAAGAAAUCUGACUCGAGAACAUCUCUGUCCAGUCAGAAGAGCAAGAUCAGCUUUUUACGCAGCGAGUCAGCACUCAGUUCCGCCGCCAGCGAUGCCAAUUCAACCAUUAGUCUGGGCGAAAGCGAAGGGGAGGGCGAGGGUCACGAGUUUCCCCCCGUUGAGUCGGAUAUCGACGCCACCACCACUGAAGUCUACAUGGGCGAAUGGAAGAACGACAAGCGCUCGGGUUAUGGGAUCAGCGAACGCUCGAGUGGGCUCAAAUAUGAGGGCGAGUGGCUGAACAACCAGCGUCACGGGUAUGGAUGCACCACCUUCGCGGAGGGAGGCAAAGAAGAGGGCAAGUAUGUUAACAACAUGCUGGUGAAGUCGGUGAAGAAGAAGGUCAUUCAGUUGAGGGGCGCCAAGAUAAAGCAGAAGGUGGAGCGGAGUCUGGAGGGAGCUCAGAGGGCGGCUGCCAUAGCCAAGCAGAAGGGAGAAAUCGCCAACUCAAGAACGGCUCAUGCCAAAACCAAAGGAGACGCCGCAGAACAAUCUGCCCACGCAGCCAACAAUGAAUCUAGCAUUGCCCGCGUGGUUGCCAGAGAGCUUUCUCCAUCUUUUCAUCAACCAGGUCCAGAGUAUCUGAAAAAGCGUGCCCUGCAGGAAGUGGCCGAGAGUAAUGAAAACGCUGACACAGGGAUGCACGAGCCGGUGUUAGGCGAGGAUUCCGCACCAACACCCCCGGACAGCCCAUUCAUGCACGAGAAUGAAAGCCUGAGACCAGGCUCCGCCCCUCCGCGCACCCCCUCGCCCACUCCCGGCAUCAUCCCUCGGGCCUCAAGCAAAGACGCUCCAAACCUACUGAGUCCUGGUAGCUGGAACGGAGAGAAGACCAGCAGAGGCAGCAGUCGAACAGGCAGCAGGUCCAGCACUCCGUCCUCCAACCAUGCCGCUCCGCCUGCCCUCGCCCCCGAGGACCGGGUCCCGUCCCGUACCCCCAGCCGCCAGAGCAUCAAAGCCGAGCAGGGAUCCGACAUGGAAAUCCAAACCCUGCAGAAAAUGAAGAUGGAGUCAAAAGCGGCGGAACCCACCCAUGCCGCCACACCGGUAAGAACCAGCCUCGUCGUUUCUACUGACGAUGAAGAACCGCCUCGCCACGCCUCCAAGCCGCAGGCCAAAGCAGUCACUCCUGAGAUGAAGCCAGCCCAAGUCAAACACAGGGCUGAAACAAAGGAGCUCGUGUAUGAGCCUCCGGCCUCUGUGAUGGUAAGCAAGUCAGAGUCCAUGACAGAGGUGAGGGAGGAGAAGAAAGCAACCAACAAAUUUGAAUGGAAACCUUCACCGAAACGAGAACCAACCCCUGCCCCUAAAGCUGCUCCGAAGCCUGAGCCCAUGCCAGUGCCUACACCAGAACCCAAACCUCUGGUCAAGGCGUCUGAGAAACCAGUUGGCAAGGUGGAGGCCAGGAAUGAAAUGAGGCAGAGGUCAAUGGUGAAAGUCCCCAGUGAAACGGCACAGGAGUCGAUGGAGCUGGAUGAGGCGCCGAACACGAUUAUGAUCUGCAUGGUUAUAUUCCUGAACAUUGGUUUGGCCAUUUUGUUUGUUCACAUUUUGUCAUGAGGCAACAAAGCGUAAGCCAAAACCACCCAGGUGAAAGAAUGUAGCGUGUGGAGCUGUGACGAUGCUGCGCGCUCCAUUAGCAGCUCUGUUGUUGUGAUAUCGAGUUUCAGAGAGUCCCUCCUGAGCUGCUCUAAAGAUGGCCGUCAUCUGCAGUUGGACUGAGUUGUCUGACCGUGAGAGAGAAAAGCAACUGUACACAUUUGCUUGGAAGGAUACCGCUGCAUUUAAUAGUUCUGUGGAAGUCUAACUCCGUUCGCUUGUCAAUAGAGAAACAUAAAUAUCUGUUGUAAGGGCUACUUUGUAUUGUGUACAUGUUAAAAAUAAUAUAUAAUAAUAGGACAUGUCACUUGGCAUUUAAUAUUCAUAUUUGGAGAAUAAACAUAAAUACAGUUAUGACAUAAAAUGGAUCAAUCCUGUUUUUCUGUUUAUUUUAGUGUAAAACCAGAACUCUAUGAUAUAAGACCGGGUGGUGUUGUAACCAAAGUUUGGUUUUGAAAUUCUAUAUGGAAAUGCACAUUUUAUCAAAUGUCUUAAAAUCCCCCUCCAUAAUAAAGCGCAACAUGCCUGUAUAAUAAAAGUGUGCCAUUAAAACAUGCAAGUAUAUUCACAGCGAAAGAACAAAAAGUUGUACAGUAUUCAUCGAAAUGGAUCGUUUGCUUAUGAAAUGCUUACAAAAAUGUUGUGGGAAAGUUCUACUGAAAAAAGGUAUAAUCAAGACAAACAUGAUGAAGGUAUCAUAUUUUCUGCAACCCUCCUUUACAGAUCUAAUGGAUCUCAACAGUUGAUCUGAGAUGCUGAAUCAAGAAUGUAAAAACACAACCUUUUCUUGAAUGGAACAUAACAAAGUGUGUUACUGUGAAUUUGUGACACUUUGGUGUCAGUUUGUGCUUGAAGUUCUUCCUCAUUUUUCUGCCUGUAUUAGAAAUAAAAUAGUAUGCAACAAUGUUGAAACCGGGCUGUGCAACAACUCAGUGCAAAUGUAUGUGUCCUACAUUUUAUAUGCAUGUGUGCACAUUUGUGUGUUUUUGUACAUUUCUUAAUUAUUAACUUUCCAUCAGCACAUUUGUUCUGAAAAUAAUUUCUAAUUUCAUAGUUUUAUAUAAUGCGCUCAGUUUAGCCAACACAGAAUAGCAAAUAAUACCUCGCACGUGUGAAGAGAUUAUAUUUAAUUAAACUCUCCAACAAAAUGUUAUUUGUUUAAUAAAUAAAGGGAUAUAAAUUAAACUCA